AGUUAAACUGGUGCCGCCGUAAGCUUAGCGCUUUUCAGGGGACCCCAGUUGUAGAUGUGAUGUAUGGGAUGACUCUCUCGGCCUUUUCUGGUACCAUGUAUACAUCAGUUGUAGACGUUUGAACGUUCGCAAUUUGUAAUAUAAUACCACAUCAACAAUCUGAGCGAAAGGGUAUUCUCUUGUCCAUUGUCGCCGAUAUAACACUAGUUUAUUGCUACAUCUUCCGGUUUAUUAUGUCCGGAUUUUAUCUGGCAAACGGAAAUACAAUUAGUCUCAUGUGUUGAUAAACAAGUCACAUGGCCGGACGAACAGACGGAUUAAGAUCACUGUUCAAUUAUUUAAGCGGGAUCUUUGUUCGCAGUCGUCAGCAAAUUCAGAAAAUACCCACUACCACGAAUAAGUAUAGAGUUGUGAGUUCUAAGCAACAGAUCACUGAUACAUCUUCAAAACAAACACAUUUAUGCAAGCAUAAGUUUGCACAACCACACAUCAUAUUACAUAGUGACCUAUCGCAUAUCAGGCAGUGGUCGGAGAGGUUCAUGGAUGCUUACAGAAUGAGUCAGUCUGCUGUUGCUAUGGAUCCGCCGGAAUCUGUACGGGGAAUGACUGAACUGGAUAGACAUAUGUUCAAGAAAAAAAUGAAAGUUCCAGGGCUAAAGAUUCCAGCCCGUAAGGUUGGCAUUCUUAAAAAGUCCACGAAGAUGUCGAUGUUAAAGGUUAGAUUGAUGAAGCCAGUAGCAGAACUAUCGGAUGAUGAUCACAACAAGAAGACGCACAAACUGAUUUUACUUGAUCCAGAAAAAUAUAAAUCCUAUCAGGAUCUUGAACAGUCUGACAGACAGUUGCUGCAAGAAAAUGACAUACAAUGUAACGACUUUGAUAUGUAUGAUGUAGAGAUGACAUACGAGAACUGGAAUGUACAAGACAUCCUUCGGGCUGUCAUACCAGCCAGUUCUGACAGUGUCACCAGCUUCAGUGUCAUCGGCCACAUCGCUCAUCUCAACCUUAAACCUGAAGUCUAUCCGUACAAGAAACUUAUUGGGCAGGUAAUCUCUGACAAGCUUCCUAAUAUCAGUACUGUGGUUAACAAGCUUGAUGUGAUUGACAACACAUUCCGCAACUUCAAGAUGGAACUUCUGGCAGGAGAAGACAACUAUGUCACACAAGUUCGAGAAAAUGGCUGCAUAUAUGAAUUUGACUUCUCUAAGGUCUACUGGAAUCCAAGACUCUCUACUGAACAUGGAACAAUGAUCAGCCAGCUGGAGAAAGGCGACACUGUUUAUGAUAUGUUUGCGGGUGUUGGUCCGUUCGCCAUCCCGGCUGCAAGGCGUGGUAUCUCUGUCAAGGCCAAUGACCUUAACCCAGAUUCCUACAGCUCUUUACAGAGAAACAUUUCUCUUAAUAGAAUUAAACCAGAUAUGUUGACAGCUUAUAAUCUUGAUGGACGGGCAUUCAUUCGAACAGUUGUGAAGUCUGAUUUGAUCAAGAGGAUAAAGUCAGAUCCACAAGGCAGCAACAUGCAUGUGUUGAUGAAUCUCCCAGCAUCAGCCAUAGAGUUCCUGGACUGCUUUGUGUCUCUUUUAGCGGAUUGUGAUUUAGUAAUGGAGGAUGUAGAUGAUGCAAAUUUACCAGUGGUGCAUUGCUACUGUUUCAGCAAAAGCGUUGAUCCAAGGAAAGAUGUCGUGGAACAAGGGGAGAGAAUUAUUGCUAAAUCUUUGACAGAUGUCAGUGUGAGAUUUGUUCGAAAUGUUGCCCCCAACAAAGAUAUGUUGUGCUUAACAUUUCGCCUGACAAAAGACAUUUUAUUUCAUGAAGUACAGGAAGCUGAUUUGAAUCUUAAUGAGGAUGGUGAACCAGAGGCUAAAAGAGUGAAAACUAACUGAUGGCCAUGGCAAAAUCUUCAUUCAAGUUUCAGUUUUCUGAAAAAGAGAUAAUGAAUGAUAAGAGGAACAACUAAACCUUAGCAAGACAAGAAGUCACAUUCAUCAUGACAAACUGAUCCUACAUGUUAUUUUGUGUACCCAACAUUUGUAAUAACUUGCUGAGAUAAGUUAGCAGGACAAACCAUACACCCAAUAUGUAUAUACUUAUUCAGGUGAUAUUUUGCAAUCACAUGUAACUGUUUACAUGUUUUAUCAGAAUUUGAUCACUUCACAUUUGUUUUGGAAGCCUUGCGGGGAUUGGACAACUUCAGUGAUAUCACAACAAGUAAGUUGUCUUGGCCUGGCACGUUUUUCUAACAGGUCUUUCAAACAUGUCGAGGGUCAAGGUCACCCUCAAGGUCAUAGCCUGAAAAAGUUGGGUCAGCGAUCUGAAAAGGCCAUGAGUGACCCAGUUGAGACUUCUCGAGGCAAGGGAGUUAACUGACUAUAAAAAUCCAGUUUCCACCCUUGCUGAACUAGGCUGGAAUUCCGGUGUAACAUUUUGGCUGGACUUAUGAGGUGAUGCGUAGACCAAUCAACAUAGUGUAACUGACUAGACAUCCUGUUUGAAAACAACAUAGAUUUCAACGUGCAGAUUUCUGACGACUGCAGGAUUUGCAAAGCAUAUGUAUUGGUGUCGACAGAUAUUUUGCAAAUCUUUUCAUGUUUUAAAUCAAGGUGCCAAAGUGAUUUGAUGCACUUCGUGAGGUAAGACCCGUUACAAUAUAGAUCUGAGAUGUUGAAUCUAAUUGGUCAAAUGGAGGGACACAGAAGGGACAUAACUCGUAAUAAUCACUGGUGGUGCUACGAGAAAGCCUGGAAAUUCCAGCCUAGUUCGGCAAGGGUGGAAACUGGCCUGGGGGAUGUUACAAAUGUCAGUCAAAGAUUGGCCCAACUGACCUAGCAUUAACAGUGAGUUGUGUUCUCAAAUGAGUUUUGAUGUCGCCCCAUACCAUUACUCUUCAAUCACCAAACUGACGAUGUUGAAUUACGAAAGCGUUGCUGAAACGUUCUUUUGGGCGCCUGGUAUCAGAGCUGUACAAAUGAAUUUGUGAAUUUGUGAACAGUAUGCUCACCCAGUCUUGUCUUCUGAACCUCAGUUUUGUCUACACCAAGCUAGGCGUACCGGACCGUGACAUGGAAGCAAAAUUGGGCGUAUCGCUGGACGUGGUCGUCGGAUGUUCCUUCUGGUUUCGUACGGAACUGCCACUAAUUGGUCUCAACCCAGGAAUUGUCCGAGAUGUUUAAUGAGGUCUUUUGGUGUCGAUUCCGUAGAUGCACGAACCGAAUAUGGCUGUCUUGUUGACGUCUUAUCAAGAGAGAUGAUAUUGUGUUUCGAUGAACAUUAAAAAUGCCUGUUAACUU